CGCGGGCGGCGGCCGGGGCCAUGGCCGAGGGCGGCGGGGGCGCGCGGAGGAGGGCGCCGGCGCUGCUGGAGGCGGCCCGCGCGCGCUACGAGAGCCUGCACAUCUCGGACGACGUGUUCGGCGAGUCGGGCCCGGACAGCGGCGGGAACCCAUUCUACAGCACCUCGGCCGCCUCGCGCUCCUCCUCGGCCGCCUCCUCGGACGACGAACCCGAGCGCCCCGGCCCCCCGCGGGCUCCCGCUGCCCCGCCGCCGCCCCGCACCGCCGACGCGCAGAAGCUGGAGGAGGACGAGGCCGGCGCGGGCUGGAGCGCCACGCUGCGGGACCGGCCGCCCCCGCGCUUCGAGGACACUGGCGGUCCAACCCGAAAGAUGCCCCCCAGUGCCAGUGCCAUGGACUUCUUCCAGCUCUUUGUCCCUGACAACGUCCUCAAAAACAUGGUGGUGCAGACGAACAUGUACGCCAAGAAGUUCCAGGAGCGGUUUGGGAGUGACAGUGCCUGGGUGGAGGUGACGCUGACAGAGAUGAAGGCGUUCCUGGGCUACAUGAUCUCCACCAGCAUUUCCCACUGCGAGUCGGUCCUCAGCAUCUGGAGUGGCGGCUUCUACAGCAACCGGAGCCUCGCCCUUGUCAUGAGCCAGGCCCGCUUUGAGAAGAUCCUCAAGUACUUCCACGUUGUGGCCUUCCGCUCCAGCCAGACCACGCACGGCCUCUACAAGGUCCAGCCCUUCCUUGACUCCCUGCAGAAUGGCUUCGACUCUGCCUUCAGGCCUUCCCAAACCCAGGUGCUACAUGAACCCCUGAUUGACGAGGACCCUGUGUUCAUUGCUACAUGCACAGAGCGGGAACUGCGAAAGAGGAAAAAGCGGAAAUUCAGCCUCUGGGUCAGGCAGUGUUCUUCCACUGGCUUCAUCAUCCAGAUUUACGUCCACCUGAAGGAAGGCGGGGGCCCAGAUGGGCUGGAUGCACUGAAGAAUAAGCCCCAACUCCACAGCAUGGUGGCCAGGAGCCUGUGCCAGAACGCGGCAGGCAAGAACUACAUCAUCUUUACGGGGCCCAGCAUCACCAGCCUGACCCUGUUUGAAGAGUUUGAAAAGCAAGAGAUUUACUGCUGCGGCCUGCUCAGCUCCAGGAAGAGUGACUGUACCGGCCUGCCACCGUCCAUGCUGACCAACCCCACCACCCCUCCGGCCCGUGGCCAGCACGAGAUCAAGAUGAAGGGGAACAUGUCUCUGAUCUGCUGGUACAACAAAGGGCACUUCCGCUUCUUGACCAACGCCUACUCACCCGUGCAGCAAGGCAUGAUCAUCAAGAGGAAGCGUGGGGAGAUCCCCUGUCCCUUGGCUGUGGAGGCGUUUGCCGCUCACCUCAGCUACAUCUGCAGAUAUGAUGACAAGUACAGCAAGUAUUUCAUUUGUCAUAAACCAAAUAAGACCUGGCAGCAGGUCUUCUGGUUUGCUGUCAGUAUCGCUAUCAAUAACGCCUACAUCCUGUACAAAAUGUCGGACGCCUACCACGUGAAGAGGUACAGCCGGGCACAGUUUGGCGAGAGACUUGUGAGAGAGCUGCUGGGCCUGGAGGACGCUUCUCCAACCCAGUGAUGCCCUUGGCAUGGGCCCCAGGCUUAGGUAAGGACCAGUUCGAGGGAGGGGCAAGAGGGAGAGAGCCUGCCAUUCUGACCUACCCAACCAGACCCGGAGAUGCCUUGGUGUGUGGCCCCAGCCUGGGAGGGGUGCUCAAGGCCUCUGGAGGGACCAGGAUGGACCUGGUCAGAGGAUGGCUGCUGUCCCAGUUUCUGUUCAAAGAAGAGUAUGUCCUCCCUCCAGGAAGCAGCCACCCACCUCUCAGUGAGCGCUCUGCAGAGAGCGAUGCCAGCCCAGACUCUCUACAUGGGGCCAGUGCUGCUGUCAGUCGUGAGUUGCUCAGCAGGGCCCUCCAUCCUCACGACACCGGUGGAGCCUGCAAAGAGACUCAACUCUUAGCACAGGGGACCUGGGAAGGCUGUUGCCACUAAAAGUGCCAGGGGUAGGAUGAGGCAUAGCAUGUUCUGCUAGAAAUACCUGCUUUGUAAAGAUGUACAGACAUUUGUGACAUGGUUUGAUUUCAUGCUAUGUCUAAAGGUGACAGGAAACAAGCAAGGAUGGGCUCUGUAUUGCUAAGAUUGUUCGAGUAUGUAUAGGAGACCAGAGGCUUUGCCAGCAUUUGCCUGGUGCAGGCAGCAUAGAACAGGUCUGAGAGUAGAAGAAAGACAAAUGGGUGCCAUUAAAAUGCAGUGAUGAAAUGGGGGCGUGGUUGUCCAUUCUGGUUGAUAAAUGAGGCAUUCCUGCUCAGUUCAUCUGUUUGGCUGGUGGAUGGCAGAAAGGGAAAACAUUGACAGAAUCCCAGUGAAGUGUGAUGCUAUUUUUUAUUUUUAAAUGUAUCUUCAGGUUAUUUUCUUACUGUUGCUUAAGAUCUUCUGUAAAAGGAAAAUGUCCCCUUCUUUCCCAUCCUCUCACCCCCUUGCCUCACCCCAGUCAUGGCUCCUUGCAUGAUCACAGUUCUGUGUUCUGUGUUCUGUGCUAGGGCCAGAAGGGGCAGCUUGCUUCCAGAACAAAUAUGGUUGCACUCUGAUAGGGACCACAGGGGGCCUGCAGGCCGUAAGCUUUGUCACAGACAUUAACAGUGGCAGAAUUACUUGUUUUGAAAAAUAUGUAGCAUUACUGAAACAAACAACAAAACGUCUCCACGGAUAACCACUCACUAAUUCUCUUUCUGUCGUGCGCAGUCCCUGGCAGUGUUUGCUGGUCUCAGGCCAUAUCCUCAGACUGGUGUGGCCAGUGUUGGCAAACCCCGCAGUGGGACCGGGCUGCCAGAUUGGUUGGGUGUGAUUUCCCGAGGCGGGCAGGGCCUGCUCACCUUUGUGCUGAGAGGACUACUUGACAAGCAUCUGGCAGUGAGGCCUCCACUUACUUCCCGAAAUGAGCUGGGCUCUUUCCGAACUGAGGUUCACACAUCUCCAGGGGAGCCCUCACCAGAGUGGUCAGCUGGUCUGGCGGUCCCCACAGACGAGAAACAAGUAAUUUCUGGAUUUCCACAAUCCCCUUUCAACCCAAUUUGCGUAGCCCCUGAUUUUUACAAAUGCAAAUCUAUUCUGCUCAGGCUUCGGGACUGUUUUCCUUGUUCACACCCAGUUAAUUGAAAGUGUUGCUGGCAGCAUGCUCCCGAAUCCAUGUCAUUCCUGUGUCCUGGGCUCAUGACCAUCACCCUCCCCUGUGGUUUUGAUUCAAUGCCGCGGAUUGUAGGCCAAGUUCCAAACUGAAUUUCAGAACACCUUUGCCGUGUCCUUUAACUGGAUUGAGAGCACUUUUACCACAUGGAGAAAUAUAUUUUUAAUUUGUGAUGCUUUUCUACAAGUUCCACUAUUUCUGAGUUUAAUGUGUUUCCAACACUUAAGGAGACUCUAAUGAAAGCUGAUGAAUUU